CUGUGUUUAGCAUGGUCAGCAGACGAAAAAAUCACCAAACUUGAAAAAGUAUCUAAAGUCUGAGCUCCUACAACCAUGGCCGGUGUUUUAUUUGAAGAUAUUUUCGAUGUUAAAGACAUUGAUCCAGAAGGAAAGAAAUUUGACAGAGUGAGUCGACUCCACUGCGAGAGUGAGUCAUUCAAGAUGGAUUUGAUUCUCGACAUCAAUUCGUGGCUGUUUCCAAUGGAUUUAGGCGAUAAAUUCCGGUUGGUUUUAGCCACAACGUUGCGUGAGGAUGGAUGCUCCGAUGCGGGUGAAUGGGCCCCGCAAGAUUUGGGCAUCCCGUCCCGUGCCGAUUCGUUCGAGUACGUCAUGUUUGGCAAAGUCUAUCGCAUUGAAGGCGAUGAAGGAUCGACCGAGCCGUCAUCUCGAUUAUCUGCCUAUGCAUCGUUUGGAGGAUUGCUGAUGCGUUUGCAGGGAGAUGCCAACAAUCUUCACGGAUUCGAAGUCGAUGCGCAGAUCUACCUGUUGAUUAAGAAACUUGCAUUUUAGGUGUGGUUUGCAAGCUUGCCACUAUCAAUUUCGAGUUAUGUAAACAAAGGAUCUCCAAAAUGGCGGUUACAUGCAUAUUUAGUAUUGUACUUUGCGCGUUUUGAUUUUGUGUCCAUCAAUGACAGAUUGUGAAUGCUUUUCGUGUUCUUACGAAAUGCAGACCGUUUUUAUUGCAAUCACCCUAGUAGAUGACAACACAGGUUCAGAACAGCGUUAGUACAUUAAGUAUUUCAUAUUACAUUCUCAUGUCAAUACACCUUUGAUUUACUUCCUGAAAA